AUGCAUCAGUCUCUGGCUUUUCGUGAUCCUACUCGUCCUGAUCAUCAUUCUGAUAAUUCCCUUUUUGUUUAUUGUCAUGGCUCUGAUAUUGCUUAUCUGCUAUUAUAUGUGGACGAUAUUAUUCUUACAACUUCUUCUGAUUCACUCCGUGAGUCCCUUAUGUCCAAACUUAGCUCUGAGUUUGCCAUGAAGGUUUUGGGUCCUCUUAAUUAUUUCUUGGGUAUUGCUGUUAAUCGUACUUCUACGGGCCUCUUUCUUUCUCAACAACGGUAUGCCUCUGAAAUUCUUGAAAAAGCUGGCAUGUCUCAAUGUAAUCCUGUUGCUACCUCCGGCAAACUUUGUGCUAAUGCUGGUUCUUCUUGUGAUGAUCCUACCUUGUAUCGUAGCCUAGCUGGUGCUUUGCAGUAUCUUACUUUCACCCGCCCAGAUAUUUCAUAUGCUGUUCAGCAAGUUUUCCUUUAUAUGCAUGAUCCUCGCAUUGAACAUAUGGCUGCUAUUCACCGCAUUCUUCGCUAUGUCAAGGGUAUUCUUCACUAUGGUCUGCAUUUAUAUCGUUCUAAUAUUUCGACUCUUUUGUCCUAUACCGAUGCUGAUUGGGGUGGUUGUCCUAACACUCGCCGCUCCACUUCUGGUUACUGUGUUUUUCUGGGUGAUAAUUUAAUUUUCCGGUUCGCUAAACGACAACCUACUAUUUCCAAGUCUAGUGCUGAAGCUGAAUAUCGUGGUGUUGCUAAUGUUGUUUCUGAAACUUACUGGAUUCGCAAUUUACUUCUUGAGCUGCACUGUCCUAUUACCACAGCUACCCUUGUCUAUUGCGACAAUGUUAGUGCCGUCUAUUUAGCUGGUAAUCCAGUCCAUCAUCAGCGCACUAAGCAUAUUGAGAUCGACAUUCACUUUGUUCGUGAAAAAGUUAAACGUGGUGAUGUUUGGGUACUUCAUGUUCCAUCUCGUUGA